AUGACGGGACACGACCAUUACUCUCGAAAGUCUAGCGAUGAGGACAUCGAUUCGUACGACGGGCCUGGAACAUCCGACAAUGAAGGUACCGAUGGAGCUUUAGAGAAGCAAACCACUGCAGCCUCGGGCUUGUCUGUAUUCGAGACGCGCGCUCAGUCGGUGGUGUCAAGAAUUCGAAGCAGGGAACCCGGCCAAACUGCUCCCUUCACGCAUCCGUUGUCGCAUACCAAAACCUCAAGUGAUGUGAUUGUUGAUUUCGACGGACCGGAUGACCCCUACAGGCCGAUGAAUUGGAGCUUCAAGAAAAAGGCCGUGACUACUGUAUUGUAUGGAUUGACAACCAUGGGCGCAACUUGGUCUAGUUCUAUCUAUUCGACUGGCAUUAAACAGAUUGAUUCCCAAUUCGGCGUGGGCGAGGAAGUUGGCACCCUUGGUACCUCACUGUUGCUGUUUGGGUUUGGAUUGGGGCCCCUUGUAUGGGCACCGCUGUCUGAACUUUAUGGGCGCAAGCCUGCAGUUCUGGCCCCUUACUUUAUUGCUGCAAUCUUCUCAUUUGGCACAGCUACUGCCAAAGACUUACAGACAGUUAUGAUCACCCGAUUUUUUACUGGAUUUUUUGGCUCUGCUCCCGUCACCAACACCGGUGGAGUGCUGGGUGAUCUUUGGACCGCCGAGCAACGAGGCGCCGCUAUUGUUGGAUACGCCAUGGCCGUGGUAGGAGGACCGGUGUUAGGACCAAUUGCUGGUGGCGCAAUUGUUCAGAGCUACCUUGGCUGGAGAUGGACUCAAUACAUUACCGGCAUAAUGAUGUUUUUCUUUCUCACUAUGGAUGUUCUCUUUGUUGACGAAAGCUACCCACCUGCUCUCCUGGUCAAAAAAGCUCAAAGGUUGCGAUUCGAAAGUGGAAAUUGGGCCUUACAUGCGAGGCAUGAGGAAUGGGAUGCCACGUACAAGGAACUGGGAAACAAAUAUCUCAUCCGACCCUUUCAAUUAUUGUCGACGCCAAUUUGCUUCUUGGUUGCCCUGUAUGCAGCAUUCGUUUAUGGUAUUCUUUACCUCAGUCUUGCCGCUUUCCCCAUUGAGUUUCAAGAAGUACGAGGCUGGAACCAGCUGGUUGGUGCCUUGCCAUUCUUGGGCUAUCUUGUUGGAAUUCUGUUUGGUGCCUGUGUCAAUCUCUUCAACCAGCGCUUUUACGUCAAACGACUCAAAGCGAACAAUGGCUUCCCUGUGCCCGAGGCUCGUCUUCCGCCAAUGAUGGUGGGAUCCAUAGUUUUCGCCGCAGGAUUGUUUAUCUUUGGUUGGACAGGCUCUACCGACAUCCACUGGAUUGCCCCAGUUAUUGGCGCUGUAUGCAUAGGCUUUGGCUUCUUCACCAUUUUCCAGGCCGCCUUGAAUUACCUGAUCGACACCUUCCAGAAAGUUGCCGCCAGUGCCGUGGCAGCAAAUACCUUCCUUCGCAGUCUUUUCGCCGGCACCUUCCCCUUGUUUGCCAACAUCAUGUUUCACAAACUUGGUGUAAAUUGGGCCUCUAGUGUCUUGGGAUUCGUUGCGGUGGCACUCAUCCCAAUUCCGUACCUCUUUUACAUCUACGGCCGACGCAUCAGAGCAAGGGGCAAGUGGUCCAAGGCCUCUGUUCAAAAUUAA